UCACAUUUCCCAUGCUGCUACCAUCGUGGCUCUGCAGCCUCUCUCUCUCUCUCUCUCAUGCACACUGACAUAAAUGCACCAGAGUGAACACAGAUCUGUAUCUCUGCGCUGAGGAGGCAGCAUCCAGCAGUCAUUUUUCUCCAUCCUCAGUUUUUGCUGGCUCCUGUUUUUCAAGGCAGUGCGUCAGAGGCUGUGGAUAUGCCUGGUGAGAAUGCACAUCGCAGCGGCCCCACGCAGGGCCUUCUGGACUCUGGAGACUCACAUUCAGAGCUGCCAGGACCAGAUCUGUCUGGUCAAACAUCCAGUUCAUCAGCUUCAACUCCUACAGACAGUGCCUCCAGUCCUUCUCCCAACAGCCCUCCUAAACUCUCUCCAUUAUGUACUCCUUUUGGACCCCGCCUGGUGAUGGCUAAACCAACAACUUCUACUCGCCCACAACCUGAGGGUGCAAGUUUUGAAUUUGAGGGUCAUUUUGGAACUAUGGGACGACCAAUAGGGCGGUUUGGUAGAGGAGCAUGCAGACGAGGUCCCAUGAAAAUGGAACGAAUCAAAGUCCUAACUGGAUCAGAAAUUGAAAGUGAUUUUCAGGAGCCAGAGACCAUGGACUCAAGGGUGGUAAUGGGACAAGAGGCUCUGCUGAGAAAUAUGGAGACACAGAGUGGAAUGCUGCAAGAUAAACAAAGAGGUCAAGAAAAGUCUAGUUCAGUAAACCAGCCCACAGAAACGUCCAAGAAAAGCACUAUUGGGCUAGAUGAAAAAGCAAAGCUAGACACUGGUCAGGUGUGUUCUGAUGUGGAUCAGGGUAAGAGUGUGACUUCAGUCCCAGAACAGGAGAAAGCCUUAGGUCAGAUACUUGAAUGUCAAGUUCUAGAGUCCAAAGUGAGAGAUGCCGAAUCGACAGACAGCAGUACUCUUUUCCCAGAAAAUGAAGAAGAACCGCUGUCUUUAUCUCAGGGUGAAGUGCCUUCCUUAUCAUUUUCCGAACCUCCCUAUGUUGUUGACCCACAGCGCAUUGGUGUACUGCCAGGACUUGAUCCAGAUCGCUACUACACAGCCCCUUCCACCCCCAUUAAAAUGGCUUAUUGCUCACAUCUUAAGCAACCAUGGCGCCCAGGGAGCCCGAGCCAAAGUCCAGGUUCUCCAACUGAUGAGUCUGACCUAUGUUCCCCUCCCACCUCUCCCUCUGGCUCCUACAUUACUGCUGAGGGAGGCAGCUGGACCUCGUACACCUCAAGCACCUCCCACUCUUGUUCCCCAAACUUAACAGCUGAGGCAGAGUUACAAGAUGCUCCUGCUUGCUAUGUAGGCUCCCUCUCAGAGAUCGGCGAUGACCUUGGAGACGAGUUUACUACCAAUUAUAAAGAUGCUUGCCUGGGUAAACCAGAAUUGCCAGAGUUGCUUGAAAAUGUGGCCUGUAAGGUAAAUAUACUUACAAGAGACACCUGUAGGCCUCAUUGGGUGACAGAACAUGUUUCCACACAAGAGAGCAGCAGCAAGAAAGUUACAGACUGCCAGCAGGACACAGAAAUUUCUGAGGGCUCUCCGAGGGUUAGAACUCCUGAUGCAACUCAAGCAAUUAAUGAUCCAGAUCACAGUCUUGAAAUGGAUUUCAAUGCCUGUUUCUCAGAGCCAUCUAUGAGCCUAGAUCCUGUUCUAACACUAGAAGAUAAUGCAGCUUCUGCACUUGAUGCAGAAAGCAAAACCCCUGUCACUCACUCUCCAGAGACUAUAGACUGUAAUAAUUCAUAUCUCGAGAUUGGAUCCUCUUUUCCUAUGUUCCACGGCUACUCUAGGGAUGAUGGGCCUGAGAGUGAUGCAAUGAUUCCUGCUUCUAUGUUGCCUUUUCAUGGAAGUCUGAUAUUCCAGGCAGAUUCCAUGGAUAUAACCCUGUUUCCCACAGAUGACGAACAGGGGAAUGAUGUUGAUGCCUAUGCUGCUGGUGAGGAGGAGGCUGAUGUAGAUGAGUAUGAUGAUGAGUACGAUGAAGAUGAGUGUGACGAAGAAGAUGUGGAUAAUGACAAUAAUGCAGAGCAGCAAGAAGCAGCUGAUAGGAGUGAAAGGGGAGUAGAUGACCAGAAUGAAGAUGAUACCUCUGCCUCUUUUUUAAAUUCCCUUUCAGAGAACUCAAUAAAUGAGGGUGUAGAUGAAUCCUUUGCUUAUCAGGAUGACACUGAGGAGUCAAUUGAUUCCACGUCUUAUAAUGGGGAUGAAGACGACCAUCUGUACAGCACAGAGAAGCAUGCAGAACUCUCACAACAAUUUCCUGGGCCAGACGAACCUGACCAGUCAGUAAGCCAUGCAAAGCCUGAAUCCUCUGGCAGUGAGAGUGAAAUGGAGAUAUCCUCUGGAUCAUCUGAGCUUCCACAUGCAGAACUACAAGAGAAUAUGGCAGAUAGAAUUGUUCAUGAUGAGAGCAAAAUCACGCAACAACCUUCAGAAACAAAGCCACUAAAGGGUGAGAUUUCAAAGCGAUUGGCUGCACAGACCAAAACAAUAGAUGAGGAAGGCAAACAGAGUACAGAUCCCUCAACAUCAGAGAAAGCACAGCCGGUCCCCACUGAUAAUCCAACAUCAUCUGUUUCCCUGGAAAAGCUUAAACAAAAUGAAAGUACAAUGGAUUCUUCUUUGGAAGGUGCUACAGCUGCUGACACGUCCUAUGAGACUAAUGCAGGUGGUUGCCAGAAAUUGGAUCAGAAACUUGGAAAUAGCAUGGAGCUUACUUAUAUAUCAUUGCAGCCAGCUGAAACUGCAACCAAUGACCUAAACAAGGGAGUUCCCCAACUAACAUACCUGGAUGACUGCAGCCCCACAAACAUUCCAGUUUGUGCCUAUCCUGAACUGUGUGACAUGGCAGAUAACUUAAGUUCAGCUGAUGUUUUACAAUUUGAACGUCCCAUGAAUCAAGAUAAUCUGACAGAAAAUCAACCUGCCAAUGAUGAUGUAAACCAUGGCACUCAAAAUAUGUCAUGUUCCACGUACAGCAGGCUUGUCAUUUCACCCAAGAAAGAGAACUCUGAGAGCAGCCUGACAGAAAGGGACCUUUAUUCAGACAGUUGGACACCUAGAGAUCCCUUGUCUUUAAGUGAAUGCUGCGACUUUGAGGCUGAAAAUCUGUUAAUGUGUGAGAUAGCUAGAUCAGUGCACAGUAAAGGUUUGUCUGUCGCUCAUAACAUUGCUGCUGGAGAAGACAUCAUGGGUGAUGAUGAGGACAACAACCGGUAUUGUGACCUCCCAGAGAAGAUGGCAGACAUAGAUGUUGGGGUGGUUGAGUCAAACAUUGCCAGUUGGAGAUCGAUCCAAGAUCUUUCAGAGGCAGGAGGAGGUGAAGAUGAUGCAAAUAACCUUCAAAAUCCAGAGAGCAAUCCACUCAUACACUGCAGUUCUGAAAAAGGCCUGGUGUCAUCAUGGAAUGAUCCAGAAAAAACUUGCACACCCUUAAUUCCGUCAGAACUUGCAUUGAAUAUGCUUUCAGAUGAUGGGAAAGAUGUGAAAGAUCAAACUCCAAAUACAGAUUUUAACAUUCCAGAGGAUUUAUCUACAGACAAAUUAAGAAAGGAAAGUACUGAAAUAGACUUUGAUCAAUCAAGGGAUCUUGAAUCUUGUGGUACAUUAACAUCAACUAUUUCACCAGAGUGCACUGGUCUUUGUGGAUCUUCCAAAAAUGUAAUUUCUAAACCGUCUGAUUACCUUGCUCCAACUCAAAGUCUGUUAAAUUCUCAGCAAAUUACCCUAACAAACUCUGUCUCAGAAAACAAGCUUGCUUUCAAAUUGCAAGCAGGAUCAUUUGGCACCUUCACAUUCAGAAAGAAACCAACUGAUAUAAAGAUUGUUGCCACCUCAGAAGCCACAAUUGUUCAACACACUUCUGUCUCGCAUAAAGAGACAUCAAAUUCCAAUGAUGUUGUGGGGGAGAAAGUAAUUCAAUUAAUAACAAACAUCAAAAAUGAAACAGCAAGUGGUGAUGCUAAAAGCACUGAGAGAAAACUUCUUGAUCAAGAGACAACUGGCCUUCCUGAUCAAGAAACAGAUAAGUUUGAGCAACAUAAGAAGGGAAAGAGGGAAGCAAAAACAUGUCAAAAGAAGGGGGUGCACGAUUUUAAAGAGAAUGUUUUGUAUCUGGAGCAGAACAUAAUGCCUGAUGGUGAUUCACAUAAAUCAGGUCUUUCUCAAGCAGAGUGUAAUGAGGCAACACCAAAAACAGCGCAGAAUGCUAAUUCAGGUCAUGACACAAAACCAAAGGUAAUUGAUGCACUUAAAACCAACACUGCAGUUUCAGACUCAAUGGAGAAUGAAAAGACCCAGUGCCAAAAAAAGAAAAUGAAGACUACAAGUAAUCAAACUCCAAGCUUUGAUAUAUUUUCAGUAAAAGAGAAAAUUGGUGAAACUCCAAAGAACAAAGAUGUCUCUAUAGCAGAGAGUACCGAACCUGUUCAAAAACCAGAACAAUCAAUUUUUUACUCCCCUGACUCUAGCUGCAUUGAUCUAAAAGAAUCUGUUCAUACAGAGCCAGAGGUAGCUACUCAGACAACAGACAUCACAAAGACAGAUGAGCAGAAAGAACUUUCAGACAGUUCUUUGAGCAGAGCAAGUUUGACAGAAAGCACUAGAGACAUCAAUGACAAUCAUGUAGGGCCCAGUUCAUCCCCUAGAGUGGACAGCUCAAAACAAGACAGGGUCUCUCACAAAUGUUUAUCCACAGUUGUCCAAGAGGAGGAUCUCUCUACUCCUAUUCAGGAGUCACAGCCCAUCCAAGAUAUCUCCCAAACAUCUGCAGGCUUCUCAUGUAUUCAACCACCUUCAAACAAUCCCAGUCAGCCGGUCUCUCAAAGUUCCCUCCAAACCACUGGAAGAAGCGGUAUGGAAUUAGCAGCAUGGAAAUCUGAGGAAUCAACAAUGACUCAGUUUCCGAUUCAAGACACUUGCAAUCAUGAAAGUGAAAGAACAGCCAUAACGGCAAAGCCAUGCAGACAUGAGAACUUUCCAGUGUGUAUGGGACAUCGAACAGAACAGUCACAGUCACAGUCUACAACAUCAAUUGGGCAAACAGACAGUACUUGUGUCCUAAGAACACUGAAUCGGUUGGAUGAAAGAGAGACCCUUCCCUGCAUCCGGCCAAGACCAGACUCCUUGGUGAAAACCCAGCAAAAGCAAGCUGAGAGACAGAGCAUAGAGCGAGACAUUUGUCCAAUUAGCUACAGAUCAAAAGACCCAAAUGAUUUGGAUCUUCCCUUUAAAAACAACAUAGGUUCUGGUAAUGAAACAGACAGCGAUGGUUCAGUGCCUGAGCUAGAGGAACCCAGUGGGACACUGCUGAGACCCUCAAAUCCACCGUUAUCACCCUCUCCUGUUGAUGAGUCAGUAAGCAGAGCCAAGCAAAGUCGAAGUGAGAAAAAAGCACGAAAGGCAAUGUCAAAGCUUGGACUAAAACAGAUCCACGGAGUGACUCGCAUCACUAUUCGGAAGUCUAAGAACAUUCUCUUCGUCAUUACACGUCCAGAUGUGUUCAAAAGCCCUGCCUCAGAUAUAUACAUAGUCUUUGGAGAGGCCAAGAUCGAGGACCUUUCACAGCAAGUGCACAAGGCAGCCGCAGAGAAAUUUAAGGUUCCUCUUGACCCCUCACCUCUACCGUCAGAUAUUACCCCAAGCUUAACUAUAAAAGAAGAGAGCGAAGAAGAAGAGGAGUUGGACGAAGGUGGACUGGAGCAGAGAGAUAUCGAGCUGGUGAUGGCACAAGCCAAUGUGUCUCGAGCUAAAGCAGUCCGUGCACUGCGCCACAACAAGAAUGACAUCGUUAAUGCCAUAAUGGAGCUGACCAUGUAAGAGAGGAGCAGACAUCUUUCCCACCCCUUGCGUGUUUUCUUCCCCAAGUAAUGCUGCUAUAUUGCACCUCCCAAACUCCUGCUGAAAUAAAUCUGUUACAACCAGA